GAGAGGAAAGAAAGAAAUAAAAAAAAAAAAAAAAAAACAAACAAACAAACAAAGCUGUGUAAUUUUCCGUUCCUCAUUGUGCUCCUUCUACAUGGUGUAUAACUCUUCACACGUAUUUUUUACUUCCAAAAAUUGAUGCAAAAAAUCGUCUGAGAAAACCACGCCAUUCUACCCCCCCUCCUUUCGCUCACCCCAUUUUUUUUGUGAGUGUAGAUAUAUGCAUGUAUGUACAUGGGUAUACCUUUGUUCCUCGAGACGCCACACACGAGUUUGAAAGGAGCCACGUGAAAAGUAAUUUUUUUGCAAAAACGGUGGCUAAAACCGGUAUAUCAUUUUGUAAAACACGGGGGAAGCCUCUUCGUGUUGCAUUUCAUCUGCGCUCGAUCCUUGAGCAGGAUUGAGCAACCCCUCUGCUCGUACGCGUUAAGUAAAGAGAAGACACUUUUCUAUCGAUUGGAAGGGUAGGAGUCGCUUCAAGGCACACACAAACAAGCACACCCGUUUCUAUAAGUGUACCGUUUCUUCGCCCAUCCGACCGACCCCACAAUGGAGAGCAACGGAGCCGUCCAGGAAAUCCCCGAAAAGAGGAAAAAGAGAAAAAUCGCCGAUCUGGAGGCGCCCUUUUUAGGCAGCGCCAACGUGGCCACCAUUUCGAGUGCCAUUUCGAACGCCAGAGUGUGUCCCAACCCGAGCCCGGGUGCUGCCGACCAACACAAAAAUAAAAAGAAAAUCAUCAAAUUGAAGAAUCGGAAGAUAGAGGACCUGUUCGUCAUUAGGAACUUCCUCCCCAUAUGCGAAGAAUUUCUCGUAAAGCACCACGAGGGGAUUUUUUCAAACUUCCUGCAGAAACAGGAUGGGGAAAGGAAGAAGGCAAAAGGUAAGGCCAAGUCGUCGAAGGGGAAGGCGCUACCUGCCAAGUCGCUACCUGCCAAGCCCCUACUUGCCAUUGCGGAGGAACCCCGGCAGGAUGAACCCGACGUAGACAGGAGGGCGGUUAAGCUGGAACAGAGCGGCGACCGUACAGGGGGGAGGAUCAAGGAGGAGGAACCCGUCGGGAUAAAGGUGAAAAGGGAGAAAAGCGAAAGUGUAGAAUGCUUAGGGGAGGGAAGCGAAAGUGUAGAAUGCUUAGGAGAGAGAAGCGAGGGAGGCGAAAGUGCAGACGACUUGGGGGAGGGCCCCACGGUGGACAGCGAAAAGGGGUCUCCCACAAACGGGGCUGGCACAAACAGGGGAGCGGCACACCCAUCGCCGCCCAACCAGCAUAGAAGCCACCCCUGCAAAAGCAACCAUCACAGAAACGGCCCCGGCAAAGGCAACCUCUACAGGAGCUACGUGCGGCGCACGAAGCAGAGCCUCCGAGAAAUGAACCUCCCAUUCGACCGAGCAGUCCUCCUAAACGUAGUAGACAAAAAAGACAGCACGAGCAAAAUAAUGAAAAUCGUAAAUAAAAAAAAAGUAAUCAGCGCAUUUGGAGACACAUGGGAAAACAUGAUUGAGCACAUCCUAUCAAUGAAGCAACACAAAAAUUUGAUGAAGAUUUACGACAUAUAUGAUGAUGAUAAGAAUUUCUAUAUGAUCAUGGAAAAGCUACAUGGGAAGGAGCUCUUCAGUUUUUUGGUUUAUAAAAAGCAGGUGAAGGAGAGCGUCUGCAAGUAUAUCCUAAGCCAGAUUUUCCAAGCCGUCAACUACCUGCACCACCAUAAUAUCAUUCAUAGGGACAUAAAACCAGAGAAUCUCAUGUUUAGAAAUAAAAAGAGGAAGGACAAACCGUAUGAAUAUAAUUACGAGUUGGUGCUGAUCGAUUUUGAUACUUGCCAGUUUGUUUGUCCUCCCAGUGGGGGUCGCCUCCCUGGUGUGUAUUACCCCCCUGGAGCUGCCAACCUACGAAGGAGCCUUUCGCCAUCUUCCAGCACAAACGGCACGGUGAGCGAUUGCGCCAAGUUGUGUAGACAUGGGGAAGUUAGAAAAAUGGAGCAGAAGAAGGGCUCCUUUUUUCCUGGCCAGAUACACAAGGGGUGCUCCAAAACCUUCAGUGAGAGGAGCACCAAGCAGAGGAGCGGUACAUCAAAUGUGUGCAAUCACUCUGGACGCAAACAGCAACCGCGCACCAAAUCAUCCUCGGGGAAGAAACACAUGAAACUUGUAGGCACAUAUGGCUAUAUCGCCCCUGAAAUAAUUAAAGGGUAUAAUUACUCAAUCCUAUCAGACAUGUGGUCCAUAGGAAUUAUUUUUUACAUCCUGAUGACUGGUAUUACCCCUCUGCCCAUGUGCCUAAUGGUGAACUACAAAAAUACAAAAGACAUCAUUUUGAAGAAGGAAAAGAAAGGGAUUAAUUUCGGCUUGCUUUCUUUUAAUAACUACCCCUUGGCAAGGGACCUUUGUGAGAAGCUGCUCCAGUUUGACCCCUCCAAGCGAAUGCCAAACUCCGUGAUUGCUUCGAACCACCCCUGGUUAAGGUACUUCAAUAUGCUACGAAGAAAUGUUAGCCUCUGUACCGCUGAGAGGGAGUACCUGGCACCACCUCCCCUCAGUCAGAACCCCUUGAGUGACGCACCUUACGUGAAGAACAAACGACCUCGCUAUGAGGAUAGGAACAACUGCCAUGUCGUCUUCCCAUACCGCAUGCACGAACAGGUGUACCAGCAGGAGCAUUUACACCCCUUUAUGCCCCUCUCCAAUGAGCAAAGAUUCUACUACCUCAUCAACCAGGGGAUGAGAAAUUGCUACGCGGUGGGCAAUGGUGUCCUCCCCCACCCUGGACUGUCUGCCCCCCUCGAGGGGUUCCCGUAUCUCCUGCGAGGGGGGAACCCCAGCGGGGAGACGCUCCCGGUGUGCGGCGGCACGCUGCCUCUUUGCGGCGGCACACUACCUCUUUGCGGAGACGCGCUACCCCUUUGCGGAGACGCGCUACCCCUUUGCGGAGACGCGCUACCCCUUUGUGGGGACACCCUACCCAUUUGUGCUGAGAAGGUCUUUCCCACGGCGCGCUCUGCAGAAAACGACUUUGAGGGGAAAACCCACCCGGUGAGUUAUCACCAGGAUAGGGACGGCGGACACCCCCCGAGGAUAUCCCACCAGUUUGGCGGGAGGCACAGUGGCGGCGACGGCGAGGGAGUGGCGCCCGCUCGACAUGUGCAGAAGGGGAGACGGGGAGAGGAGGAAGAGGAGGAUGCCAACGAUGCGGGUGACUCGAACGAUGCGGAUGCUUCUAACGAUGCGGAUGAGGAUGAAAUAGCCGCGAAUGCUCAGAGGAGACGACCCUUUCGCAAAAAAACGGGGAACAUUUCACCAAAGGGGAAGGAGCGAAUCACCGGCGCGGCUCUCCACGAGAGCGAAAACGGCAACCAUGGCAGCGCCCACAGGUGCACACUUACGCAGCAAGAUCUCCACAGCAGGGAUGAUGACUAUCCCCCCAAUGGAAGUUAUGGCCCCACUUCCGUCCACCCCGAAGAUGACCCCCCCCCAGACUGCAACAAUUUUGUAGACCUCUUCGAGCAUUUAAUUGAAAACAAAAAAAGGAAGUUCACCCUGAGGGGGAAGCCAUUCGAUCAGCUGCCUCCCCUUCAGAACCCGUUCCCCAUGUACUUCGUGCCCAGUGAUGAACACCUGGAUGGAGCAGACAACGAGAUAGGCAAACUGUCCAAACGAAAGGGACACCUCACCACCAAAGAGAAAAAUGAGGAGCACACACGAGCGAAGAACCCUUCGGAAGUAUUUUCCUCCCCCUCCUCCCACUCUAUACGCGUAACGCCGCAAAAUGAUCCUGCGAAGACGAUUCAAAUCGAUAAGGAGCACAAACGGGCAUACGAUUUUGCCCCCCCUAGACACGUUCACCUACCAAGUGGUCACCUCUCCCUACCACACAGAGGAGGGAGACCCAAUGUAAUCCUCCUUCCGCAGCCCCUGCCCCCCUCUCUUCUCCCCCUUGUAUACCACCACUCCAGCGAGCUACGAAACAAUAUUGUGUUAAAUGAUAAGGGUCACCUAACAAACAGCAGCGACGACAUCGAUGGUGUGGCCAGCAACAAUAGACAUCCCAACAUGUGCUAUGCGAAUGUGCCAGCCAGUGCAUAUGACCCAUGCCAAGUGACUAACCUGUAUGAGACAUCCACCAGUUUGACCGAUUCACACGAGCAACAGCUCACUCUCCAGGAGGGCCACCAAAAUGGCUUGCACAGUCACCACCACGGGUUUAACGCCAAUUUGGCAAGAGCCGCCACCGCCAGUAAGUUCCCCCAGAACGUCAUCAGAAGUAAGAUCCCUCAUAGCGCCGCCAGUAGCAUGUUCCCACAAAAUAGGGACAUCCCACCGCUAUACCUCAACUACCGCAGGGCCUACAAAAACAGCGUCGAAAUGGUUCCCACGAUGUUCAGGGAGGAUUAG